AUGAAGUCGACUUUUGCAAUAUUAAUUGUAUGCAUCAAUGCAGCAUGUGGAUUAUUGUUUGGAAGUGAUUCUGGACCUGAAUGGAACACUGUAAGUACUACUUGGGGUCCGAAUCCACUUAGUCAUGAUUAUUUUGUUAAACAACCAUUAACGAUUGAUGAUGCAAGAAAAAAUGGAUUCGAACAGAUUUCAAAUGCAUGUCAAGGAAAAUUUCUUGGACAACGUUUUAUAAAGAAUAAAGAUGUUGGCGUAAUUUUAAUUUAUGAUAGCAAAGGUUUUAUGGCUGGUAUCCAAAUGGGUAUUCCAGCUUCGAUGAUUAAUGAUACGUUUUACAAAUUUUCUCAACAGAAAAUGUUUAACCGAGAUAUGGUUAAUGGCGUUGAUGUUUACGUUUUAACAGCAUAUGUGGUUGAUCCAAGAACAAUAUGUUCAUCAACUAGAGAUACAAAUCAUCGUGAAAAAAAUAGCGUAGGAACAGGACUUUGGUUACAAAAUGGUACUAAUCCAAUUGAUGAUUCAGUUCCUAUACCGAUAAGUCAAACGGACGCAGACAAAACAAAAUGGGUUAAAGGUGCAUGUUUUCCAUCGAUGGGUAUUCAUUAUUGGUAUGACAAUCGAAUUGAUUCGGAUUGCACAACAUACUUUCCUGGUUUUCUUUUGUAUAAUAAAGGUAAAUUAACAGCAUUAGGUUGGGUUGUAUUUGGUAAAUAUGAUUUUACAAAACGAACUGAAUUUCCUCCAUAUGCAGCUAUUAGUUCAUUUUUAAAACCUGUUCCAACAUGUAUGCGUGCCAAAUAUGACGAAGUCGGUGGUUUUACAACAAUGCAUAUUUUCUUCAAUACAGACCCAUGGAAUUUAAUCUGCUGA